UCAAACUGGGAGAACCUCCUACCUCAGCCUCAGUGCUGGGAUUUAUGAGUUUGUGCCUGGCUUCUGCCUGUUUUGUGCCUUGCACCGCCAGCUGCCCCAGAACCGUGCCUGUGCUCCAUCCGGGUCUCCAUCCCUUGGGUCCAUUAAUGGUGAAACAGGUCCACCUGCAGAGAUCCCCUGCCCCAGGCCUCGUUGCCCAGGGCGUAGCCCCCGCCCGGCCUGCACCCCUCUGUGACGUGGGCGGCGCCUCGUGGCAGUGCGGCCCACGGACCACGCUCGUUUGGCCGGUUAGAGGUUCUGAUUUCCCCGGGACAUGGGGCAGCCGGCUGCUGGCUCCAUUCUGACACUGCUGAGGGUGCUGCUGCUGCCUCUGGGACCUGCUCUCCCGCAGGAGUCGCCCUCGGUCCCAACUCCAGGCAGUCCCCUCUCCUCCACCGAGUAUGAGCACUUCUUCGCCCUGCUCACCCCCACUUGGAAGGCGGAGACCACUUGCCGCCUCCGCGCCACCCACGGCUGUAGGAACCCCACCAUUGUCCAGCUGGACCAGUAUGAGAAUCACGGCUUGGUGCCCGAUGGCGCAGUCUGCUCCGACCUCCCCUAUGCCUCCUGGUUCGAGUCCUUCUGUCAGUUUGCUCAGUACCGCUGCUCCAAUCAUGUCUACUAUGCCAAGAGAGUCAGAUGCUCCCAGCCAGUCUCCAUCCUGUCAGUCAACAAUUUCAAGGAGCUGGAGUCUGCAGCGGAGGCACCCCACACCACGAUGACUUCACCCAUCACAACCCAUGUCAAAGUCACAGAGCAGCAGGUAUUCCAGGCCUGGCCUGAGCGGCUCAACAGCAAUGUGGAGGAGCUGCUGCAAAGCUCCUUGUCCCUGGGAGGCCAAGAGCAAGCAACCAGUCACAAACAGGAACCAGGACAGGAGCAUCAUAAGCAGAACCCAACACAGGAGCACAAGCCCGAGGAAGGGCAGGAGCAAGAGGAGGAGGAAGAGGAGCAGGAGGAGGGCCAGGGCGCAGAGGAGGGCCUGGGCACCAUGUCCAGCCUGCAGCUGGGCUCCGAGCCCAAGCUGCAGGCCACGUCUCUGUCUUCUGACCCACACUCUUUCACCGCCCGAGUCCGAGAGGUAGAUUCACCUCCUAUGAUGAUGGAAAACAUCCAGGAGCUCAUUCAGUCAGCCCAGGAAAUGGAGGAAAUGUACGACGAGGACACCUACUGGAGGAACCAGAACCAUGGCAGCCUUCUGCAGCUGCCUCACAAGGAAGCCUUGCUGGUGCUGUGCUAUUCCAUCGUGAUGAACAGCUGUGUCCUGACCCCCGCAGCCAGGGCCUGGAAGCACGUGGAGGAGGAGACCUUCGGGUUUGGGAAGUCGGUCUGUGACAACCUCGGACGGCGACACAUGGCCCUCUGUCCCCUGUGCGCCUUCUGCUCUCUGAAGCUGGAGCAGUGCCACUCGGAGGCCAACCUGCAGCGGCAGCAGUGUGACGCAUCCCACAAGACACCUUUCAUCAGCUCCUUGCUCACGGCCCAGACCAUGUCCAUGGGCACCCAGGCAACGUCCUUGGAAUCUGGCCGCUUUUAUGGGCUGGAUCUGUACGGUGGACUCCGCAUGGAUUUCUGGUGUGCCCGGCUGGCCACAAAGGGCUGUGAGGACACCCGGGUCUCCAGCUGGCUCCAGACGGAGUUCCUCAGCUUCCACGAUGGGGAUUUCCCCACCAAGGUUUGUGACACGGACUACAUCCAGUACCCAAACUACUGUUCCUUCAAAAGCCAACAGUGCUUGAUGAAAAACCGGAACCGGAAGGUGUCCCGCAUGAGAUGCAUGCAGAAUGAAACCUACAACGUGCUAACCCCAAGCAAAGGUGAGGACCUUGUGCUUCGAUGGAGCCAGGAGUUCAGCACACUGGCUCUAAGCCGCUUCGGAUGAGCUGGGUCCACCCUGGUCUCCCCACCCUCCCAGCCAGACCUUUCCACAUUCUUCAUCCAUUGCUUCAAAACCUCAUCUGUCACUUGUUUCCAGGCUGCCCCUCUUGGCCUCUUCUAUAGCUCGAAUGUACAUUUUCCCUGGGCUGGGGCUGAUGGGAGCUCCUCUGCUUUCAUGAAUGUCUUUA